UUGUUAACUUCAGUGUCAUUACUUUUGUUGAUUAACAGAACUUGUUUGUUGGAUAAAAUAACAAAUAAAUACAGUGAAUUGUUUAAAAAAAAUAUAAAAAGAACAUUCUAACCUCAACUGGGCUUUUCGCAGAAAAUUUGCAUCUUCCACUUCGACAAAAUGAGGAAAUAUUUAAUGUUAACCCGAGAAACUCUCAGCUUGGCAACGGCUCAGCGAGAAUUUUAUGAAAAAAAUGGUUACAUAGUUAUUCCAAGAUUAAUAUCCAGCGACGUGUUGGAAAAAUGCGCAAAAAGAUUCGAUGAUAUCACAGAAGGCAAAGUCGAUUGCGGUAUGAUGACAGUCAUGCGGGAUAUAGUCGAUCGAAGAGCAGUCAACAAAGUGCAAGAUAUUAAUCACGAUCAAAUAUUCCGAUCUUACAUUGAGGGAAAAAAAAUUCUGGAUAUUGUUGAGGCAUUUACUGGCCCCAAUAUUAUUGCGAUGCACAGUAUGCUUAUAGCUAAGCCUCCUGAUUCUGGAUUUAACAGCAGCAGACAUCCACCUCAUCAAGAUUUAUAUUAUUUUCCUUUCCGACCCGCUAACUCAAUAGUCGCUGCUUGGACAGCUGUCGAGCCUUGUCACACCUCUAAUGGUUGUCUUUUUGUAUCGCCUGGAUCACAUAUCCCUCAACGAUUGUAUCCACAUGGUUACCCGGAGGAUAAAAAUACAACCAAUAAAUUCUAUCACGGGAUUCAUGACUUACCGAAAUCCAUGGUAUGGAUUGAUUUAGAAAUGGAACCUGGUGAUACUGUAUUUUUUCAUCCCUUGCUUGUUCACGGCUCAGGGGUUAAUAAAUCAAAUCGCACGCGAAAGGCAAUAUCCUGUCAUUACGCUUCCGCUGAAUGUCAAUAUAUUGAUGUACGAGGGACUGUCCAAGAGCCUAUUCGUAAUGAAGUAUUAGAGUUAGUAAAAAAACGUUAUCCAACUGCAGAUAUUGAAUACAACGAUGUUUGGCGUAUGAAAUCUUCUUUGGUUCGUGGAAUUCGUUCUUCACUUUAAAAAAAAAAAAAAAAGAAAAACUGAAAAUUAAAAUUACUGCUAAUUAAUAAAAAUAAUAAAUAAAAAUGUACAGUCUACUCUCGAUAAUUUGACACUCAUUAAUUCGAAAAAUUUUUCCGGUCCCUUGAAAAAUACUCGAUAUAUUGAAUAAAAUCAAUGAUAAUUAGUCCCUUCGGUAAUUUUAAGUUGAAGGAAUAUUAUCUUGCUCGCCAACAUGUGAUAAUUUGAAAUCCGGGCUUCCCUACUCUCUAUAAUUUGAAGCGUUUAUCAUGGACAUACUUGUCAUUUGUUUACAUACAUGUAAAGACCUGUCAAUUAUUUACAUAAAUGAGAUAUGAGUAAGUUCGUAUUCUCUAAUGAUGAUUACUUCGCAGAUCUCACCACUAUCGAAAAUUCUUUCGACAAUGAUAAACUAAAGUCACUCACUCAAAAAAAUAUUACAGACUUCUUUUUGAAAUGAAAAUUUGUGAAUGAUUGUAUUAUUGAAUUUAAUUAUUAAAAAUAAUAAUAUAGAAAUAAUAAAUGACGAAUUUUGAUCAAAUUCUCAUUUCGUUCAGUCGCCCCUCCCCCUCGUGGUUACUUAAACACUUGUUAUUUUGAACUCUUGAUAAUUUGAAAUUUAUCUCUGGUCCCUUGAGUUUCAAAUUAUCGAGAGUCGACUUUAUAUUGUCUGUAUUAUAUGAAAAAGGAUAAUCGCAGGACAUAGUUGAAUUUGGGAUAAAUAAUGAAACUGUAGAAAAAGAAGUAAUGACGCCUUUGUCGUCGUUAUUAUUAUUAUUAUGAUUGAUUAGUAAUGAA